GUGCCCAGCUCUACCAGGUUCUUGAUUGUGUGACAGAACAUCUUCGCUGUUUGCCAAAUGGAAUUGUCCGUGGCCAUGUAUGGUCUCCUUUGCCUGCUCUUCAGCCAAGCUGUGCCCAUGUGUGUGCCCACGGAUUACACUCUGUAUGAGGAGAGACGUGAAUGUGACUUCUGCGUGGCCAUCAAUACGACCAUUUGCAUGGGCUUCUGCUACUCAAGGGACAGUAACAUGAAGGAGCUGGCCGGACCACGUUUCCUUAUCCAGAGAGGCUGUACCUAUGACCAGGUGGAGUACCGAACAGUCAUACUACCUGGUUGCCCGCUCCAUGCCAACCCUCUCUUCACCUACCCCGUGGCCCUCAGCUGCCACUGUGGCACCUGCAACACAGACAGUGAUGAGUGUGCCCACAAGGCCAGCAGUGGAGACGGCGCCAGGUGUUCCAAGCCACUCAGACACAUCUACCCAUACCCUGGCCUGAACAGCUACAUCCACCCCAACUGAUAACGCUCUCCCUUCCCUGGAUAGUUUGGCUGUAAUGACCAUAAUGACCAAUAAGGCAAGGAGAAUGGUCCUUUCAAAUCAAGUUUAUGGUCAGUAGCCUAAUCAUUAUGAUAACAGAACAGCAUUGUCGUACUCGUGUGUUUGUGGUGGAUACAGUGAGCUACAGGGUGGUGUAUCCUAUUCAUUGUGACAUGUAUUGUUGCUGUUGUGUUUGGUAUGUGAAUAUGCCUUUUUGUUUGCCACUUUGCUUGCAAUGGAGGCUGAUCCUGCUAUUUCUGUCUGCCUCAUGUCUUUCCUGUCCAUUGACUCACUGAGCUAUUUUGUUUACGGUGAACCAAUAUCAUGAAUGGGACGUUAUUAAAGCUGAAGUCUGU